UUGGUUGCAUGUACAUGCGAAGAGCCUGAAUAUUCAGGCCAAAAUAGCUGACUUUUACGUCAAUAUUUGCUCCAAAACGGGGCUGAUCCUUCUGUUCCAGGACCACUGGGAGCAGCAUUACAUAACCCAGCCGCUAUGAGCGUCUGAUCUCCGUGACUGUCAGAGAAAACGGCUAAAACACUAUAUUUAUCUGCUCCGUCAGCGCAGUGUGAGUGCAACGUACCGAUCUGUGGGAAACAUGCAAAACCAUGGCAAAAGAGGUCGGAAUAGGCCGAGCCCAAAUCCAAGGGGUGGGCGAAUGGGUGGUCGAGGGCCUCAACCUAUUCCGCAGACACGAGAGAUGUACCGUGGUGUUUACAGUGACCAAAACUUUACACAUGUUGCAGCGAUUUUGAAGGGAUGCACUGUUGUACUCCAAGUGAAAUCUGGCUCAAUUUACGAAGGGAUCUUAACUACUGUCUCAGAACAGGCCGAGGUUGUUCUGGAGGCAGCUCAUAUGUUAGAUCAGUCGGGUGUGAACUCCGGUAGUGUGCCUGCGCUUAACAAGGUGUCGUUCAAAGCUGCUACCAUUGUUUCCAUCACUGCCAAGGAUGUGGACCCGGAGUUUGCCGUUAAAGGAGGUAGAGAUUCUCUGAUGACAGAUGCAGAGAUUGCAAGGAGGCAGAAUGGCCAAGCUGGUGAGCGCGAGUUGGAAGAAUGGCAGGGUACUACCAUUGAGGGAGACAGCCUGACGCUGGACGGUAGCGGCGAUGUGCAUUCCAAUGGAUGGAGUGCGGAAGAAAUGUUCAAGACCAAUGAAUCAAGAUAUGGCGUGACGUCGUCUUACGACGAGUCUCUUCCAGAAUACACGACCUCCUUAGACCAGUCGAAUCCCAAGGUCUACCAAGAGAGGAAGGAGAUGGCCGAGAGGUUAGCCAGGGAGAUUGAGAACGCUCCGCAGUCGUCGGGCAGCGCUGACGCUGAUGAUAUCACUAGUGAAGAGGAUAAAUUCAGCGCUGUGAGCAGGGGCAGCGAGGCUGCAGGCAAUAGGUAUAUUCCUCCACACAUGAGGGAAAGUAGUUCGAGAGGAGGAGGACACCCAUCCCAGCAUGCACUAGGGCCAAGGAGGCCGCAAUUGCAGCGGAUGCCCGGCCCGGGUAGGCCCCCGAUGUCCGGCCCACACCACAUUCACUCCCAUUCACCCCCACAUCCCCACACACAGGUGCAAGGCCACCCCCACGUGCAUCCUCAUCAGCCCAUGCAGCAACAGCACAUGUACCCGAAUCAACAGACCAGGAUACCCGGGCCACAAGGGUCGAUGCCCCUACAACACCAACAGCCACUGCAACAUCAGCAGCAGCAGCAGCAGCAGCUGCAGAAGCAUCAUCCUCCACCCCCGCAGCAGCAGCAACCGGGCCCAGUGCAUCUAGCCAGCCAUGUACGUCCUGUUCCGCAGCAGCCCGGCCAGACUCCGCCCAGGGUAUUGCCACCAACUCAGAUGCCGUCUCGACCCAUGGGGUUAGGAAGCCAGUCACCGCGGUCGUCACCGCUUCCAAACACGGACACGUCACCAAAUGUAAGAGAGGAAAAGGCACAUGCAACAGUAACAGAUGAGAGGCAUCAACAGUCAACAGAUGACAGCAGCAAACGAAAAGCAGAAACUAAUCCUCCAGAGAGAACGGGUGACAGUGCGCCCUCGGCUGUCCCCGAAAAGAAUCACAAAAAUGAAAAAAUAGCGGAACUAAAGGAAUUCAGUGUCUCGUUUAAUUAUGAACAAAAGCCGGCAGAUGAGGAGCAGUCGAGUAUACCUAGUACCCAAGGUGCCUCCGAAGCCAAACCCCCUACCACGACGGAGAAAACAUCACCAAUAGUGCCGCAACCUGCAGAGGAUCGGGAAACCAAAGACAUGGACACCAGUUCUGGUAAAGACUCGCCCUCAAACGGCAAUAAAGACAAAGAUAAACAGCUAAAUCCUCUAGCGAAACCCUUUGUUCCAACGUUUACGAGAAAUCCUAAGACGCCCACACCCCCGAGGCCCCAGCUCAGCCCCAGUCCUGCGAUGGUUGUACACCACACCCAGCCGUUCCAACAGCAACCCAACAUGGUUCCCUAUGUCAUCUCCAGCGGGCCGGGGUACCAGGGAGCCAUGCCUACCCCUCAACAAGCGGCGGUGGCUCAGGCGCAGGUCGGCCACAUGGGCCCCAAGCAAAUGAUGCAAAAGAAAGGUUUCCCCUACCCAGGCACAGCCACCAACAUCCCUCAUCAGCGACCCCAGCAAUCCAGUGAGCUACCCACGCUGAUACCCACUGCUGCGUCCAUGGCAGCCGGUCAACCCUUAGUAUCACCCAUGGGCUACCCACAUCACAGUCCGAUGCUACACUACCCUCAACAGCCGGGCAUCCCUGGCCAGCCGAUGCUUCCACAGGCUGGACCCUACCAAAUGUAUCAAACUAAACAUCCUGUUCCGUACCGACAAAUUCAAGCACAGCCCAGCAUUCAAGGUGUGCCUCAACCUACAGCAGGUCCUCAUAUACAUUCAUUACCAGAGGGUACCAUACCAGGGAACUCACAAGUGUUAGUAUCCAACACACAACUGCAGCAAGCCCAAGCUGGACAAGUGCAACAAUCAAUGCAUGCUCAAAUCUCACAUCAAGCACAGCAGCAGCAGCAACAAGCACAGCAGCAACAGCAACAACAGCAGCAUGCUCAACAACAAUCCCAACAGCAACAGCAGCCGCAGCAUCACCACCACCCUCAGUCCGUUGUGCACCUCCAGCCUCAGCACCAACAACCGCACGCCCAGCCUCACACAACGCCACCCCAACAACAAACUCACGGGUCUCAGCCGAGUCAGAUUCCACAACCGCAGCAGCCCCCGCAGCAGCAGCCUCAACAACAGCAGCCACAACAGCAGCAGCAACAACAGCAGCAGCACAGGCCGACCCCAAGCCCCGUACACCACAUGGCUCACCAGCAGCACCAAGGCCACCAGCCGCAUGUCUCUCAGCACCAGAACAUGGCCCAUCAUCUUCACCCGCAAUCGCCGCAGAUACUGUACCAUCAGACCCCGUUACAGCCAGGUCAUCUACAAUCCAUGGCCAUACAGUCUAGCCAGCCGCAGCAGCAGUUUGGCGGCGGUCCACACCCGUACCCGCAGUACAUCACGUCCACAACGAUACCAGCGACUAACAUUACCAGUGUGACGCCAGUGCAUACCAAUCCCCAUCCACAUCCAACGCCGGCCAACUGGAUGAUCUUACCGGGACAGCCAAUGAACCAAAUGGUGCAUAAUUCUGGACAGAUACCUGCUCAUUUAUUGCCACAACCACAAGGAUUAGGGCAAGCUCACGGCCAUGUACAACAGUUCCAACAGGGCAACUGAUUUAUGCUGCAUUUAAAACCAGUGGCUUCUGAAAUAAGAGACUUUUUAUACACUUGAAAAGAUGGGACCUGGAUGCCGAAGAAACUCCAGGAGUCAAAAAAGAACCACUGGCGAAAAAUAAGAAAUAAAAAAAUCAGUGUAGAAAUAACAUAGUUAUCGAAACACAAAACAUUUACAUUAUUGGGGUAGCAUUUUUAAACGAAAACCAAAAGAAAAGAAAUCUACCUCGAUUUUGAAUAAAAUGCAGUGUUAUUUGGUGGUUUUUUUUGUUCCUCUUUCGUUUUUUAAUGAACAUGGUCUCUGAUCAAUAUAUCUGAGAUAACAAAGAGGGGUUCUUGACAGUAAACGGAUUUAAAAAAAACUAAAGAUGUCCAAAAAAGUGCAGUGCCACGCUAGCGAAAAUAUGGGAUAGUUCAGUUGUCGAAUCUUUAACGUCCUUUUAACGGCAAGUUCAACAAUUUACCCGCUAGAAUUCACCGUAUAAUAAAUAAUGACAGCUCUAAAUCAGUCGCGCUUUCACAUUUCCAUUGCUUGCCCUUUGUGAUUGUGGCCUAUAUAUCUAUUGACCCCUUUCACAACAUGCAGCGUACUUGCACGCAAUCCCAUCUGCCAUUUUGGAAGUCAAAGGAAUUGACUUCAUCAAUGGGGAACGUGAAAGAUGCAUUUUUUGCGGAGUAGCGCUUCAUGUCCUGCAAGGGAUCAAUAAGUCCCUGUUUUACCGGCAGACAGUCGGGUACAAAGAUUUUGCAUCGAACUUCACACCAAUCACCCUGCAAUCAUUACAGACUACGGAGUCUGUUGUCUGUUCUUAUUUAUCGGUUUAAAAAAUGUUUAACGUGGCUAGAGUUUCAGAUGUUCUCAUCCAAAAUAUAAACAAGCUUCAAAAAGACCCUCCUAGAAUAAUUCCUAGCCUUUCUCGGCUGUUUGAAGGAAACUCUGUAGAAAUACUUCUAAUGGCAAUUUUUGGUUUUGAGGAAAAUAACCAAAAUACACCACUUUCUCCAUGCAUUCAGAAGAUUUUUACUAAGAUUUCCUACGCUUCAAGAAGCUUCAAUAGUUGCAAUUGUUAAUAUUUCUGACUUUUUUUAAUGGAUAUCUUUUUUACUUGCAUUGGGGAUGAAGAAAAUUAGUUUGUUUUUUACCCCAAACACCGAUGUGUGAUAAUCACUGUAUACUUGAUGCUUUCUGAGUGAUGCGAGAAAGAGUGAAAAUCGGUGUAUUGGGGAGAAAACUAAAAACAGGUCUGGAAUUUCAUCUUUGAGAGGGCAAGGCUAGUUCUUAUACAAGUCUAUGGAAAUUUUUUGAAGGGGGCACCAAGGCCAAGAGCAGGGGCAACAGAGGUCACGGCCACCCUAUAAUUCCAGGCCUGCAAAUAUAUAUAUUCAGGCCACAGAUUUGUAAACCGUAAUUUAGAAUUAAGAAAUGCUGACUAGUGGAUUGAAAUUGAAUGACCUUUAAAAAAAAGAACUUUCCCUCAGUAAAUUUUCAAAAGCUGUCUUUGGAAAAAUGGAGUCCUUGUGAGUAUCUCUCAUCAGCGAAUGAUGAUUUGUUUUGUUUUUUAAUAUUUAGGAACAAAUUUGUGAGUCUUAAAUCUGUCGGAAGGCCAUGAAUAGGUUUGCCUCGCCAUGUUUGAUCCGGACACGUUGACCAGGCAAGGCUUAUUUAAGCAUGUUUUUUUAAUUUUAGUUUUCCGUUUUAAACAAACGUCUAUGAAAGUGAAGAGAGAAUGUGCGAGUGAGAUUGCGUGAGAAUGAGAGAGAGAGAGAAAGUUUUAUGAGUAAGUGAGUGUCGUCAGGUUUAAUAAUUAAAUUCGCUAUCAAGAAUUAUAUCAACACCGUGAUUAAUUUAAAAUCGUUCACUCUUCACAAACGGUCGUCACUGUUUUAUUUUUACACACUCGAGCCUUCAGCAAUAGAGACAAAAUAAUGUUCUUCUUCUAAGAAACUGCAAUACGUCUGUCGAUUUCACUUUUUUUUUUUAAAGAAAGCAAAUGUCUCCAAUGUUCUAUAGUGGCUGCAUUUAUGAACCCCCGAAGUCAAAUCUCUGCCCCCCACCUUUUUCCUUCCCUUGAUCCCAAGGGAAAAAAAAGUGAUUGAUUUAAAAGGAGGGUUGGUUUUUAUUUCAACUGGACAAACUUUUUUUUUGCCUGAUUCCCCCGUAUUAUUAACUAUGCAGAGGGUUAUUGUACCACUGCGUUAUCCAGCGGUUUUCUUUUAAGUAAUUUAUAAAGGAGAAGAAAAAAAAAAUAAAGUAAAAAAAAUAUAAAAUAUAAAAAAAAAAAUAUGAAAAAAAAAACAAAAAAAAAAAAAAUCCGAAAAAAAAUGAAAAAAUAAAAAAUAUAAAAAUGAUUUAUAUUGUGUUAGUUGUUUUCUUAUUGUGUUUUUAGGGCGUGGUUAUCUGAUAUGUAUUCUACCCAAAAUUUUGAUUGGGAAAAUUUCGCAUGAAGAUAUUUGGCAGCUGGCCUAGUAGUCUUGUCUCAAAAGUCCCUUGCAUUCUUUAUGUGCCUUUAACACGGACUGAAGAGGGCGCUCUAUUAGCCCACUCGGGAGAACCCACAUGCACCACACACUAAAUAAACUCGCAUAGCAGCCAUCGUCAAGGCUUCCACAUGCAUUAAAAAAUACUCAACAAAUAUUUAAAGUAUCUGAGCCUCUUGAAAACCAGUCAAAUAUAUUUUCAGACAACUAAACUUCAGAUUUCUUUUCAAUAUUUUUGGCAGGUCAGCCAUUUUGGAAUUGUUGCCAAUUACCCCAGAAAACCAGGGACUCGUGAUAGAACAAGUCCGAAAGUUUUGGGUUUUUUAAUUGAAUCUUUAUGCCUCGCCGUGUAAUAUAAACAAAUGAUGUUCAAACAUUGACUAUUAAAG